UGUUUGCUUGUCUGUUUGCAGGCUGUCCCACCGUGUGAUCCUCGGAGAGCACGACCGCUCUUCCAACGCUGAAGACAUCCAGGUGAUGAAGGUCGGCCAGGUGUUCAAGCACCCCAGCUACAACGGCUUCACCAUCAACAACGACAUCCUGCUGGUGAAGCUGGCGUCCCCCGCCGUGAUGAGCGUCCACGUGUCCCCCGUCUGCGUCGCCGAGGCCGGAGACAACUUCCCCGGAGGCAUGAAGUGUGUGACGAGCGGCUGGGGGCUGACCCGCUACAACGCUGCUGACACCCCCUCCCUGCUGCAGCAGGCCUCCCUCCCCCUGCUCACCAACGAUGAGUGCCGUCGCUUCUGGGGAAGGAAGAUCAGCGAUCUGAUGAUCUGCGCCGGAGCCUCCGGAGCCUCGUCCUGCAUGGGAGACUCUGGUGGUCCUCUGGUCUGUGAGAAGGCUGGAGCCUGGACUCUGGUGGGCAUCGUGUCCUGGGGCAGUGGUACCUGCACCCCCACCAUGCCCGGAGUCUACGCCCGCGUCACCGAGCUGCGCAGCUGGAUGGACCAGACCAUCGCUGCCAACUAAACUGUCAGAACCUCAAUAAAACCCUCUGAAACACU